AUGAAUUUCUCCGCCUUAAUCGCAUUCAUCGCAGCCCUUUGUGAGUGGCACGUUUCCUCGCUCACAGCCACAGUCACGGGCGUCUGUUGCGGCGCAACGCUUCCCCGGGACACGCCAACAUGCCCAACGGGUGAGACCUACUGCGAGAACGCCGGUCGCUGCAUCGAUCUUCGUAAGGACGUGUUCAACUGCGGCCAGUGUGCGCACACCUGUCCACGAUGGCACGGUGCGGAUGGUUUUAUCUGUUCCAAUGGUAAAUGCGUGUGUGAUUACACAGGCCUUCCGCCAUGCGUUGGGGAUCAAUGCUUUGAUUAUGCGAGCGACGAGAGACACUGUGGCGGAUGUAACAUUCAGUGUGCGCAAGGCCAGGGAUGCGUACAGGGAAAGUGCAUCAACUCGUGCUCAGACGGACUAUCCAAAUGCCCUGACUAUUGGGAUCAGGCCGGCUUCGUAUGCCGCGACCUGAAGACUGAUAUCUACAACUGCGGCGAGUGCAGUCGCCAUUGCGCAAGCGGCGCUUCCUGCGUCGCAGGUGCGUGUAUUUGUCCCCCUGGACAGACCCUGUGCGGACAGUCAUGCGCCGACCUCAACACAAGUGGAUACUCCUGCGGCAAAUGCGGAAACACUUGCCAGCCCGGGUCGAACUGUGUGGGUGGCCGCUGCGAGCAGAACAGCGGCUGCCCUUGGGGCCAAGUGAGGUGUGGCUCAGAUUGCAUCAAUACAAGCAACGACAACCGCCACUGCGGGAAAUGCGGCAACAAAUGUGUUGUGGGCAAGAACUGCAUCAGCGGAAAGUGCUGCAUCAGGUGUCCCGGCGGCCAGCUGUUCUGUGGCGGUCGCUGCGUCAAUCCUCAAAACGAUAAUCUGAACUGCGGGAUGUGCGGCAAGACAUGCCGCACCGGUUCCAACUGUGUGAAUAGAAGCUGCGAGGACAACGCUGGAUGCCCUGCAGGCCAAGUGCGGUGCAGCAUUGACUGCAUCAAUCUGCAGAACGACAAUCGGCACUGCGGCGUGUGCGACACAGAGGUGAGCUGCAUCUCGCGAGCAAUGCUGAUCCAGUGUGGGACAGGCAAGCGGUGUGUCGGUGGCAACUGUGUGUGA